AGCACGUUUUUGAUAAACUAAAAACAUAUUGUGAUUGAUAUCCUAUUGUAUUUGGAAGUGCAAGUUUUAUCUUGGUUGUUUGAAAUUACUUUCCAGUCAUAAGUUACUAACAGUACUGAAAAUGAAUGGUCCUAUGAGCAUGUACAAAUUAAAACCCGUGGUUCAUUUCCCCGAUUCUAUAAAUAUAACCGAUACCAUGUAUAAAAUGAAGAAUAUUUACAGCUCUAAUAUCAACCCUUCAGAAGAAACUUAUAGUAUCACCAAUGGUCUCCCUAACGUUUUGGAACAGGUUAACAAGCUGUUAAAGAAGUCUCCUGUUGAAGUGGAAGAACUGAAAAAGCGCCAAGAAGCCAUCCUCAAACAGCUAACAUACUUAAAAGAACAGAUGCUGGCCCUAAGGGAGGAAUUGGGCAAGAAAAACUCAAGCUCAGAUCCAUCAAGCUUAGUUUCUAAAAAGAUAAGCCCAUCACAUACCAACAUCGCUAAAGAAGUAUCGUGGGAUGGUGUGAUCAAGGAGGUGGUGCUGCAUGCCAGUCCGGACAGUCCGCCGUACUCUCUACUGGCUAUCAACCUGCUGUGGCCUGACGUGUUGAGGCUACAAGUAACUUGCCACUCACACUCGUCGGUGCAGACUCUACCUCCGCACCUGACCGCCUUCUCCGCUCUUGCCGCUACUCCUGCUCCCACCCUGCAGGUGCGGCUCAUCUGGAAACAGAUGGGUCAAGACUGCGAGUUGGUGAUUUCUCCUCUGAGUCACUGCGCGAUACGUGGGGAGGUCAACCUACUGCGUUAUCUGUACCGUACGAUCUCGACCCCAAGUGACGACUUGCUCAGCGACCUCAAGCUAGAUAGCACCCUGGACAUCUGCCACCGGCUGGUGCACGCACGCACGGUGCGCGACAAGCAACUACAGGUGCGAGCACUCAACGCGCGGCUGGGAAAGUCCACGUGGUUAGGUGGCGAAGAGAUGGGAAUUGCGGACCUGGCCGCGUGGUCAGCUCUACGGACCGUCUCCAACGUCGAUCUGAGCCAGAACAUGAGCAAAUGGCAGAGUCGGUGUUGUGCUGCAAUUGGAGUCGGUGAGUUAUGAGAAGCAGCCUAAAAUGUCUUCUUUAUCUAGUAAUAUUGUCAAACAAUUAAUAAAUAUUCCUCAAUUUCAA